AUCAUCCUUUGUUUGGUUUGGUUUGUUUGAGGCGAUGUCAUUGUGUCAGGAGGGAAGCAGAUCUCCAGUGUCUCUUUACUCUGAGAAGGAAACUAACAUUCAUCUCCACACAACUUGCAUCAAGAUGAUGUUAUCAGUGCUUUUACUUUCCUUUAUGUUUUCUCUGACAGCAGCUACAGAAGUGGGUCUUAGUGGCAAAGUCCUGCUGUUCCCAUACGAGACAGAUUUCAGUUUUGUUAAACUGACCCCUAAGAAACCUCUCGCGCUUACAGCGUUCACCCUCUGCAUGCGCAUCGCGACAGAGCUGGAGGGCGAGCGUCAGAUCAUCCUGUUUGCGUACCGCACACCCGAUUAUGACGAGCUGAACGUGUGGAGAGAGAAAGACGGGCGCGUGUCCUUCUAUCUCAGCGGUGAUGGGGCGUUUUUCCACCUGCCUCCUCUCUCCACCUUCCGGGCACACCUGUGCCUCACCUGGUCCUCGCGCAGUGGGCUUACCGCCUUUUGGGUGGACGGGAGGCGCACCGCGUUCCAGCUGUACAAAGCGGGUCACAGCAUCCGUCCGCGCGGCACCGCGCUUCUCGGUCAGGACGCGGACAAAUAUCUCGGCGACUUUGAGACUGUGCAGAGUUUUGCUGGUGAGCUCACGGAUCUGAACAUGUGGGAUUACGUCCUCACUGGGAGUCAGAUUAAAGCCCUGUAUUUUAACCACGCCCAGCGCGUGCCCAUCGGAAACGUGUUUGAUUGGAGCACCAUUGAAUAUGAGAUUCAUGGAAAUGUGUUGGUGGUGCAAGAUGAAUAAAUCACAGUGGAUCUCAACCUUAUUGACUUCAAGGCCCCUUCAUUGUCCACAAUAAUAUUUGAAGCACUCACUCACAAUUCCUUGAGAAAUAUUAUUUUAGCUUAUUUUAAUGCAUAUUUUGAAUCAUUUUAAGUAAUCUUGAAGUUUGGCCCAUUGGUUGAGACACACUGGUAUUACACACACAAAAAAAGUAGAAAAGCUGUCACUGUGGCAGUACCUUUUAAAUAAUAUACCUUUGUGCAUAUUAUACCAUGGAGGUACAUAUACCCAAAUGUACCCAAAUGGUUCAUAUUAGGACCCUUUAAAGGGUACCGCCCCAUUGACAGCUUUUAUAUCCUUUUGAAAACAUACAACAAUGUGCAGUUAGUAUAAACAAACAUUUAAAAAAAUUAAACAUAUUGUUUAUAGUAAGAGCAUGUUGGCUAAUGCAUUCGUUCACUGUUAUGCAAUUCAAUGAAUGAAUUAUUAUUGUGAAGUUUUAACAAGCCGCUUUUAACUGCACUUGAGCUGAACUAACCAAAUAGCUAAACAUUGUUUGAGGUAAUGCAGCUUUUCUAAAACUGAAAUUAUCACCAGUUAAUACACUAUAAAAGUAAUAGCAAUAAUAGCAAAUAGAUUUGAAAAAGAAGUGUUACCAUUAGGAUACAUGGAGAUAUCCAGGAGAUGAAGUUCCUCAAAAGUUUGUACUGCUGAUGUUAAUCCCCCAAAAUCCAUUGCAAACUCUGAUUUAACAUUUUCUUAUGUUGAUUGUCAUGUUUCAUCUGAAAAUACAACAUAUUACAAUGUAAACAAGCAUGAUGCUUGCAUUAUUUCAACAACAUAUAACAAUAUUGAACAUUUUUGUCAUGAUUUAAAAAAUUAAGGGGAAAUAUGGAAUGUACAGUAGACCUAACAAUUUAUCAGCAUUUUAUUAAAAUAUGUAUAUGAGUAUAUUAUGUUGAAAGUGUUAAGUUACUCAUGGUUAAGACUGCAUUGUCUGAAUGUGACCACAAGAUGGCAGCACUAACCUAAAAUACUUAAGAUGCACUUUCAUGUAUUAAAACAGGAUCAAAACAGUG